AUGGUGGGUGUCCCUCGAAGUACGGGCUGCCAUACAUGUAUACGGCGGCGAGUCAAGUGCGACGAGACACACCCCGAAUGCCUCCGUUGUCAAAGACGGGGGCUGUCAUGCCCCGGUUACGUCAAGGACCGCAAGUUCUGCGCCUAUUCCAAAACAGCCUCUAUCGACCAGGAUGAAAAAGAAACGAAAUCUACCACUACUAUUCGUUCUGCGCAAUCCACACCGAAAGACCUUGUUGCCACUGGCGCUUCGUCAAUGGACCAGGUCCUCGCGCCCACUCUAGCCGCUAAGAAUAUAGAUCUACAAUGUCGCGAAGGCUUCUGCACCUUCCUUGACACAAAGUACCGCUACCAGUACUACGGCCACAGCUGUCGUCUCGGCGUGACAUGGUUCGACAUGGUUCGCAGCAACCAGUAUUCCGCCGCCGAGGCGUUUAAUUGGGGUCUACGCAGUGUAGGUGCUUUGCAGAUGGGACGUGCACUGCAAGAUUACCGGCUCGUUCAUGCUAGUCGCGAGAUGUACGGUCGUGCUCUGUACCACUUAGCGCGAACAUUGAAUGACCCCGCCCUGGUCACCGCGGAUACGACGCUGGCCGCGGCUAUUCUUCUUGGCGGGUAUGAAAUGGCUAAUGUCACGGGGAAAAAAGCUUGGAUGCUUCAUUCGAGGGGUAUCUCGCAUCUGUAUCAGCUUCGUGGAGCUCAGGCUCAUGCCGAUGGGAUGGGUCGGACGCUGUUGUUGUCGUUCAAAGGGUUUCUGGUAUACGAGGCCCUUUUGAAUGGGGAAAGGUGUUUCCUCGAGGAUAAAGAAUGGAAGCAGAUUAUCCCACAGAUGAUCGAGGACGAAAAGCGACGUGGAAAAGUGAGUCGUUUGGGGGCUUUGAUCGAUUAUGCAGGCCACGAGGUAGCACGAUGUCCGGGCUUUGUUAAACGAACACGGUCUCUCGUUGCAAAUACUUCCACUAGCGACGACGAAAGAGAAGACUUGGUCGAAUCUAUCACAGGGUGUCAAAACACAUUAUACGAAUAUCAAACCGAACUGACAACUGGUGUCAAAUCAAGUCGCCGGUCCCAAGAAGCAGAUUUCGCCGGGGUCAUUUCUGCGGAUCUAGUGGGACCAUUAUGGGACUUCUCAAUGCAAGGCGUGAAUGCAGCGAUCGCGAUCCUGGAGCAGCUUUUGACAGUUUUGAAAGCAGAUCGUUCACGGCGAAAGGUAUCGACUGCGAGGCCAAGCCAGCAAGAUUAUAAGUUGGGGAAGAAUGCGUGGGACGUUCUUGACUAUUCGUCAAUAUCACGAGCUAUUGCGGCGGGGAGACGUGCGAGACAGGCACCGGGGCCUGAACAACGAGGAGAUUUUGAAACUUGGUUUGAUCGUGUCUCUAUGACUAUGGGAAUGUUAGAGGAAACUGCUCCGUUUAUGUAUUAG